CAGGAAGGAUCACACAAUCUCUGCACUUCUCUCUGGAGCAGCCACCUGUCCUCAAGUGGAGACAAAGCCAUGGCAACAGCAAAGUGCACCACUGACAAGCCUCAGCUAAGAAGCAGAAGGCAAGAUCUCCAGGAGAUGCUAAAAGAAGUGGGGUUGCCUGUUGACUACUGGCUGCCUAAGCUGCAGGAAGACCUGGGUGUGACCUGUGCCCAGGCCUUACAACACUUAGAAGAAAGAGACCUCCAGAAGCUGAAGUCCCAGACACAACAUGCAUGGGAAAAAAGGGCUCUGGAGAAGCUGCUUGAUCUCUCACAGCCAAAAAGUGUUGCAGUGUUCCAGGAGACUCUAAGGGAAAUGAUAAAGAGCAGGCAGAGGCAGGCAGGAUGGGCACUGCAGGAACUGAGGGCCUUGCAGUCAGAAGGGAAGAGCAGACAGGAAGAGGCAGUGAGGAGGAAAGAAGCAGAGCUGAGACAAGCAAUGGAGAUCCCUGAAGAGUGCUGGCCAAUGCCCGAGGUGCCCCUGAAAGAUGUCACUGAAACAAUGGAGAGACAUCUCAAACUCAUAGAACAGACAGUGGCAAAUCGUCAAAACUUCUCAGAUAGAGACGUGCUAAGAUUCACAUCUGGUGGGCUGGCCCUGCAGGGAAUUUAUAACACCUGCCAUCAAAAAGACCUGGUCAAAAGGAGAGAAGAACUACUCAGGGUGCCUAAGGAAUUCUUUCUCUUUGGAUCUGAGCAAGGAAAACGGAAGGAAACAAAAGAAUUUACAUCUUCUGAAGAAGAAUCCCUGUUCACUGAAACCAUGGAGAAGUUUGGUUUCAGAUUUACACUGUCAGCCAAGGGUGGAUGCUGGGGAUUUAAUUUAGAAGGUGGAAUGAAUAAAGUCAAGCAUUCAAAAUCCAAAGAUGCCCACCAAUCACAUGCUAAUCAUUCUUAUUUCUGCUCAUCAGUCUUCAACUAUAAUCCACUAGCCUCCUUCCACUUUCGAACUGAUCAGCUGCAGCUCUCCACUGCUGCUCUCAAGGAACUGCAAAUCAUUGAAGAACUACUGAAAAACACUGGUGGAUCAGAAAGAUCCCUUAUACUGAGGAACAGGACCAAAAACUUCUUCAACAGAUUUGGCUCUCAUGCUAAUCAAGGCCCUCUGCACCUUGGGGGAAUCUACUGCUGGAAGGCAAUUUCAGAGGGUUUCAAAAGUGACCAGCUGGAUCAUGUGAAACAGCAGACAGCAGAGGCCUUGGAGAGUUACAUAAAGGAGAGCUACAGUGGCAUUGGAGUUGAAGUUGGGGGAGAGAUGACAGCAUCAGACUCAUAUUCAGUAAGAUCCUACAAAAGUUCAACUAAUCAACAGCUCCAAAUCAAAGUUCAGUUUUCUAUGGCCCAGAUAGGUGGACCACCAGAAGCAAAUGGAAUUGUUCAGUGGAUGCCUGGCCUUCUCACCAGCAACAAAACCUGGUCUGUCAUUGACCGAGAACUUCAGCUGGUGCCCAUUUGGGACAUCAUCCUAUCUAACCACAGAAGCAAUUUUAAGGACCCCUUUCUGGUGGCAAAAUGCCUGGCAGACAAUUACUCUGCUCUGACUGGCCUUGCUGCCUACAUCCAGGCUGGAGAGAAGUUGCUGAGCUCCAUAAAGGAAGCAAAACAUUUCCUGGAUGAUGUGAAAUCCUGGGAGGUCUCUGACCCUGAAGAACAGCUUAAGAACCUGAUAGGUUUCAUGCAAACAUUGGCUCACAAAACAAAAGGUUAUGAUGUUUGGAUUAAUACAUGCCUCACAAAUUUGGAUCUACAGAAUUUUCUCAUAAAAACUGUCAACUUUUACAAAAUCUCUUCCAUUAAAAAAAAUCAGUUUAUUAAAUCUCAGUUCCGCAGCCUUCUAGAACCUCAUGUUUACAAAGUGAAAAACUUUCCUCAGGCAAGUUCAAUCAUGGAGUGGAUCUACCAGACAGAGUCAGAAGAACAGCAAGUCAAAACUGAAUUGUCUAAAUUCUUUAAAAAUUUAAAAGAAAUCCAUAAAUCUCUCAUAGAAGUAAAUGGCAAAUCUGAGUCCCCAGAAACAGUGGAAGAGGCUCAAAGAAAGGCUACACGUGACGUCACCACAGCUCUUGGCUCCUUCUUGCACUAUCUCAGAGAAGCAGAGCAGCCAGACAUGCAGCUGCUGCUGCUCUCCAUUGCCGUUGGCACAGGCUAUCAGCUGGAAAGCAAUGUUUUCCAGCCUCUCCUGGGGUGCGCUGAGUUAAACAUCCUCCUGGAUGAAAUACAAACUGUGCAAUAUAGAUAUCAGGAGCUCAAAACUAUCUGCGUUGACAAGGCACAGGCAUUCCUGGUGCUCAAAGCUUUGACAAGCACAGUUGGGGUUUCAGCCAUUUCUCCAAAAGAAAAAGCACAGCGCUUGACAUUAAUAAGACAGCACAUGGAGCACUUAUUGUCUACUAAAGUUGCACAUGUCCUCACAAAAUUUAGAACAGAUCAUGAUUGGGAGAAUCUAGAGAAUAAUUUGAGAUUACUCAUUGAUGAGAACUAUGGAGACACCAGCUCUUCUUUGCAGAUGGAUGAGGUGAAAAAACAGUUGCAAAGUCUCCUCAAUAAAAAAAAAGAAACUUAUGGACAACAAAAUGAUGAUAACAAUGAUAAGGAGGUGAUAGAAAAAGAACAUUUCCUAGACUUACUCCAGCGUCUAGGCCUGGAACACCACUACCCAAAAAGGAUGAGCAGAGCUGACUUCCAUCUGAUCUAUAAGACUUCUGUAUACAAUACACAGCCAAGAUCUGAACAGGAACUUCCCUUCUAUUUCCUACAAAAGCUACUGAUGCUAGAUUGUGGGUUCAGACAUCUUGUCUUUAAAAAUUCUAGAAAUGCAGAAACUAAAGAUUCUGUAGGUCUGUACUAUGAGAAAUAUGAUACUACUGAUGCAUAUGAAGAGUUGUUUGAUGAUAGAGAUGAACCUACUGAUUCUAUAGCCACUGAGCCCUGGUCCCACAUUCACCCAAUGGACAUCCAGAUGGCCAUUUUUCACUGUGCAGAUGAUCUUGCCAGGCAAUAUAUUCUGUCCAAACUUUCCAUUUGUCAAUUUGCACUCCCCCUUGUGGUACCAAAUCCCAUUACUUCUCAGAUUGAAUUUUCUCUCUGGUCUCUCAGACAAGUUAGGAAAAGCUGGCAAGAGGCAAGUCAAUCACCACAGGACAUGAGCUACAGUCACAGGAAUCAGCAGAUGUGCUGUGUUUCUACCCCCAUUGUGUCCUUCAUUAGAGUUGGAAAUGGCCUCUCUGCUUCCAAAUCUCAGAUCAUGAACUCUCUCCUCAGUAAACGGAAACAUGAUGUAUUUUUUCACAGACACUGCAGAGGAAGCAGCAAACACUGUCUCCUGAUGGAGGGAGUGGUGGAGAUCUGCUGGUUCUGUCCUGGGGACCAAGGUGAGGACAUAUUUGACAACUGUGUGGCCUUCACCAAUCUUCAUGGAGAUGCCAAGGAACACAGGCAACAACUCAGCUUCCUGCAGGAUGUGUCUUCUCUCUUGGUGAUCCUCAUGUCAGCUUCUGAUGACAACAGAGAAAACCAGAAUCUUGUCAGACACCUGUGGCAGUCAUCAAAACCUCUGAUCUGUUUGACUGAUGACAAAGAAAAAUUCACAACUAAUAAUUCUGGCAGAAAGGUGAGAAUUAACAUUAGGAAUAGAAAUAAGGCAGAAUUAGCAGAAGAACUCAUGACUACCAUCCAACAUUUACUAGAAAUCUUUGGUGAUGCUCUCAGCAUAGAAGAUUGUUCAGAGAUCGCUCGAAAGCAAGGAUUCAUAAUUGAUGAAGACCAAAGAGAAUUGAAGGAAACCAAAGAAAAAGCGCAGGCAUAUAGGGAACUGCUGGAGCAAUACAAGUUAUCUAAGAUAAAAGAAAACUUGCUGCCCCUUCAGGGACAACUUUGGCACCAUUGGUGUGAGAAGGACAAAGAACUCUAUCAUCUACAACAAAAAGGGCAACGGAGCAUUGAACAACACAAGAGUGAAAUUGAAAUAGAAAAAGAAAAAAUACGAAGGCAGCAGUUUGAAAAGGCCUUCCCUCUCAAUGAUUUGAUGAAAUCUGUCCUACAAACUCUAGAAGACUCAAAAACUGCCCUUAAACUCUACUUCUUAUACUGGUUAAGUGUGGUUUUGGAAAAUCUAACCAUAAAACAUUUGAAGACUUUACAUGAAAGGCAACUAUUUUUAUGGUCAUUUGCACAGGCAGAAAAGCAAAAGACACAGAAAAGCAGUCAUGUGAGAUUCUGGAAGAAUCAGAUAGAAGCCAUCUCUCUUGAAAUUCUUGACUGCACUUUUGGAAUUGAGCACCUUCUCCGAGAAGUUGCCCAGAUCUAUGAAGCUCUGGAAGACACGUCUUCCUCUAGAAAUAGCCUUUUUCUCUCCCUCCCACAAAUAGCUGCAGACCUGAUGAUAGCUGGUAUUGCUGUUGAGCUGAUGGAUGGGGAUACUUCAUAUGUGCCUCUAAAGUGGGUGGCAGCUGUUUUUGAUAAGAUCUCAGAGAAAAUUGGAGACAAAAGGCUGUUUGUUCUCUCUGUCCUUGGCCUACAAAGCUCAGGGAAGUCUACCCUACUAAAUGCACUCUUUGGGUUAGCCUUCACAGUCAGUGCAGGCAGGUGUACCAAGGGGGCCUACAUGCAGCUCCUGGAGGUGGAUGAGAAAUUCAUAGAAGAACUUGGCUUUGAUUUUGUACUUAUUGUAGACACAGAAGGACUUCGGGCUCCAGAACUCAACAAGGCGUCCCUGAAUUGGGAGAAUAAGUUGGCAACCUUCUUCACUGGCCUUGGAAACUUGACUAUAAUCAAUAUUUUUGGGGAUAAUCCAUCAGAGAUGCAGGGUAUCCUACAAAAUGUUGUCCGAGCCUUUCUUAGAAUCAAACAAGUGAAAGUCUCCCCCCGUUGCAUCUUUGUCCAUCAGAAUGUGGGAGAAGUUACAGCAAAAGAUGAAACUAUGGAAGGAGGAAGGAGACUGGAACAGAGACUGGAUGAAAUGACAGCAUUAGCAGCUGAACAGGAAGAGUGCUCCAACAUAACCUGCUUCAGUAAUGUAAUUAAAUUUGAUGCCAGUAGUCAUGUCUUCUACUUUGCUCACCUCUGGGAUGGCAAUCCUCCAAUGGCCCCUCCCAAUCCUCGAUAUAGCCAUAAUGUCCAGGAACUGAAGACUGAGAUUCUUAGGAUUGCCCAGCAGGAAUCCAGGGGAAGGAUCAUGAAGGUCUCAGAUGUAAAAUUCCAAAUUCAAAAUUUGUGGAAAGCCCUGGUCAGUGAGAACUUCAUUUUCAGUGUCAGGAACACAGAGGUCAUAGCCAUGAGUAAACUGGAAACCAAGUAUAACAACUGGACCUGGGAGCUGAGGAGUCAUGUGCUGGAAUUACAGAAUCAGCUGAACAAUCAGAUUCACAAUGGAAAAAUCCUGACACUCCAACAAAUGCACUGGAGGGCAUUUGUUAACAAGAAAUAUGAAAGCAUCAAGCAAGAAUUUGACAAAUAUUUUGAAGAAGCCCCAGAUAAUAAGACAUUGGUUCAAUGGAAAGCAAAUUUUGAACACAAGCUACUAAUCCUUAAAGAUGCACUUAUUUCAGAUACCAGAAAGAAGGCCAAUCACCUUAUGAGUCUUAAAAAGAGCCAAGAAAGACUAGAUAACCAAAAGUCACAAUAUGAAAAUGAAUUGUUAGAGAGGAACCAAAAGUUGGCUUUAAGUGUGAAGGGUAAAGAUUUAAGUGAUGAAGAGUUAUGUGAGAAAGUCAAUCAAGUUUGGACAAAUUGGAUCUACAAUGUGUCUUCUACUAUACCUCAUAUCACAGAGCCUGACGUUGAUUUAGAUUCUAAAAGCAUUUUUCUAGGGUAUUUCAAAAAGACCAAAAAUAUUGCUGAGAGGCUUAAAAAACAGAAUGGAGAAAUGUUUGACAUCGAUUAUGACAAGUAUGUCCAAAUGAGAAAAAAAAUUGUUGGAUUUUCAAGAAAUUUAGAAUCCUGUCAUAGAGAGUCCAUUAAUAAAACUACUAAUAACAUUUACUUAAGAUUUAGUGAAACAAUUGAAAAUAUUUGGAAGGAUAAGCAUGAUUACAGUCCAAAUGAUUUUUAUAACAUCCUGCAGAUAAUAGAAAAAGAACUGAGCCGGGCGGUGGUGGAGCACGCCUUUAAUCCCAGCACUCAGUAG